GGGACGGAGGCUGGGCUGGGGAGCUGGUGUUGGAGCGGACCUCAGCGCCGACGCCGGGACUCUGCUCACCCCGACACUGAUCUCUGCCUGGCAGAUUGACCAAAGGCAAGGAGGACCAAUCUUGACUCUGUUCUGAUUGCUGGCUUUCACGGACGUCUGUGAUAGAUUGGAGGCCCAAGCUCGUGGUGCUGCUGCCCUGCUCUCCCCAGACGUCUUUCUGGGGUCUACUUGAGGUCAGCAGGGUGAAGAUGAGCAGCCUUCUCUUAGCAUGACGACCUUGGACCAUGUCGUUGCUACCCACCAGUCGGAGUGGGUCUCCUUCAGUGAAGAGCCCCUGUUCCCUGUACCUUCAGAGGGGGCCACAGAAGAACACUUCCCAGGAUCAUCAUCUUCCUCAGACCCGUCUGAGAGCUCCUCCGGGGAGAAUCCUGCCGUGGAUGGAGGCUGCCAGGACCUUUCCCACUCUGAGCAGGAUGACUCCUCUGAGAAGAUGGGCCUCAUCUCUGAAGCGACCACCCCUCCCGGGAGCCCAGUACAGCCCACGCCUGACUUGGCCUCGGCCAUCAGCAACUGGGUCCAGUUUGAAGAUGAUACGCCUUGGAGCAGCACCUCAACACCUCACAAGGAAACCGCCCUCACAUUGACCAUGCCUUGCUGGACCUGCCCCUCCUUCGACUCUUUAAGAAGGUGCCCUCUAACCUCUGAGAGCAGCUGGACAACCCAUUCCGAGGAUACCAGCAGUCCUAGUGUUGCUCCUUCAUACACGGACCUGCAGCUCCUCAGUGCUGAGGAGCAGGCAAGUGGCCGGGCUUCCAGGACCGACUCCACGGACAAUUCCUCCUCCCUCCAGGAAGAUGAAGAAGUAGAGAUGGAAGCUAUCAGCUGGCAGGCCGGCAGUCCAGCCAUGAAUGGGCACCCUGCCGUCCCACCAGUGACCACUGCCCGUUUCCCCAGCUGGGUCACUUUUGAUGACAAUGAAGUCAGCUGCCCUUUGCCACCGGCCACCUCUCCUGCAAAACCAAAUACACCAUCGGUUGCAACUCCCACCCCAGAUGCAUCUUACAACCCAACUGGGUCAUUUAAGAGGGACCGUCCCAAGAGCACACUGAUGAACUUCUCCAAAGUUCAGAAGCUGGACAUUUCUUCCUUAAACCGUCCGCCUUCCGUAAUCGAGGCACCUCCCUGGAGGGCCACCAAUCCUUUUCUGAAUGAGACGCUGCAGGAUGUACAGCCCUCCCCUAUCAACCCGUUUAGUGCUUUCUUUGAAGAGCAAGAGCGGCGCUCCCAACGCAGUUCUGUUUCCACGGGCAAAAGCCAAAGAGAUUCUCUCAUUGUCAUCUACCAGGAAACCAUCAGUUUUGACGAUUCGGGCAAAAGCCAGUCCCACCCCGAUGCUAUUGAAAAGCUCAAACAGCUCCAAAUUGAUGACCCCGAUCAGGUCGGCCCUGCUGCCUUGCCUGAUGACGACCCCAUAGCCUGGGUUGAACUAGAUGCUCACUCACCUGCCUCAGCUCUGUCUCAACCCAGGGAUGGAUGGCCGAUGAUGCUACGAAUCCCCGAGAAGAAAAACAUCAUGUCCUCUAGGCACUGGGGACCAAUCUACAUCAAACUGACAGACAGCGGCUACCUGCAGCUGUAUUACGAGCAGGGCCUGGAAAAACCAUUCCGUGAAUUCAAGCUGGAGAUCUGCCAUGAGGUUUCCGAACCCCGGCUCCAAAACUAUGAUGAGAACGGGAGGAUCCACAGCUUGAGGAUAGACCGCGUCACUUACAAAGAGAAGAAGAAAUACCAGCCCAAACCGGCUGUGGCCCACACAGCCGAGAGGGAGCAGGUGAUUAAACUGGGUACCACCAAUUAUGAUGAUUUCCUGAGCUUCAUCCAUGCGGUUCAGGACUGUCUCAUGGAUUUACCGGUGCUCUCCAUGGACUUGAGCACGGUUGGCUUAAACUACCUCGAAGAGGAGAUUACUGUGGAUGUGAGAGACGAAUUCUCUGGCACCGUAAGCAAGGGAGAAAACCAGAUCCUCCAGCACCGUGUCUUGACCCGGAUCCACGUCCUGAGUUUCCUGUCUGGGCUCGCUGAGUGCCGCCUGGGCCUCAAUGACAUCCUUAUCAAAGGAAACGAAAUCGUUUCCCGUCAGGACAUCAUGCCCACCACCACCACAAAGUGGAUCAAGCUCCACGAGUGCCGGUUCCACGGGUGUGUGGAUGAGGACGUGUUUACCAGUUCCCGGGUUAUUCUUUUCAACCCUUUGGAUGCGUGCCGGUUUGAGCUAAUGAGGUUUAGGACAGUAUUUGCCGAGAAGACCUUGCCCUUCACGCUCAGGACGGCAGCGAGCAUCAACGGGGCAGAGGUAGAGGUGCAGAGCUGGCUGAGGAUGUCGCCUGGCUUCUCAUCCAACCGUGACCCCCUCACUCAGGUUCCCUGUGAGAACGUGAUGGUUCGCUACCCAGUGCCCAGCGAAUGGGUGAAAAACUUCCGCAGGGAAAGUGUUCUAGGGGAAAAGUCUUUGAAAGCCAAAGUGAACCGGGGGGCAAGUUUUGGCUCGGCUGGUGUCUCUGGCUCUGAGCCUGUCAUGAGAGUAACUCUGGGAACUGCCAAGUAUGAGCACGCCUUCAAUGCCAUUGUGUGGAGGAUAAACCGGCUGCCAGAUAAGAACUCAGCUUCUGGUCACCCACACUGUUUCUUUUGCCACCUCGAACUUGGCUCUGACCGGGAAGUGCCUUCCAGAUUUGCCAAUUAUGUAAAUGUCGACUUCAGCAUGCCCACGACUUCUGCCUCCAAAGCAGCUGUGAGGUCCAUCUCUGUGGAAGACAAGCCUGGUGUCAGGAAGUGGGUCAAUUACUCUGCCCACUACAGCUACAAGGUGGAAAUUGAACAAAAAAAGAGUUUGAAGCCAGACUUUGAGGGAGAGGAGUUGGACAACCCGAAGGAAUGUGGGGUACAGUGACAGAGGCCUACUGUACUUAGUCAGAUACAAUGGGUCAGCGCUAACUGGUCAGGUGGAGUCCCAGCAUCCUCUCCGUCGUUCCCAUGUUCUGCCUCAGACGGAACCCCAGUUCUCACUGUGGAGACUAGCCACACUGUGACUGAAGCCUGAAGCGCCACCAUUGCCCGCUCCACGUGCUCUGCGAUGGGCCAUCCUAGCGCGACUCCCAGCAGCAAGUUCUGUGAACACAGAUGUACACUUAACUCCUUAUUGGAUCUAAGGGUUUUCAAGAACGGCAUGUGAGGAGGACGUGAGCCCCUUUCCCCUCCUGCCGGCAUUCGUUUAUCUUUUACGUUCACUUGCCAACAGAAUCUGGAGAACCCUUUGCCAUAUUCAGGAGGCUAAACGGGAUCACUGAGAAAAGGCAACGCGGGAGCAUCCCUUCUCGCCCGCCCCCUUGUGAUGUCUGUGUGAAUUUCAGUGUGUCCGGGUGGUUGGACCCAGGAUCCAGUGAAUGGCUUCACUGAUCUGAGGCUUGUAUUUCACUUCAUUUGUCAACUUAUCCUUACUCGGUGUAACUUCUUGCACUCUUGUGGCUAAUUUUAAUGUAAAACCAGUUAACUUUUAAAAGAAUGUGCCUACGUAACAAAGUCUACACACUGGCUAUUCCUGUAGAGGUGAGGUUUUGUUUUCAAUGUUUUGCUGAAUAAUCUGUAAUAUCUUUUUCGAACUAUGAAAAGGAAGUAUUAA